AUGCUGACUCAAGUGGAAGACACGACGGGUGGAAGCGGACGUCGAGCGCGGGCAGCAUCAUUCCUGCCAUCAACCGUUUCAAUGCAAUCCCUGAAGAACGCCUCCAUCAUGAUCUGCACAGACGCCCUAAAUAUACAAUUGGCCAAGCAGGUGGAACUAGAGGACCACCAGUUGCGGGCGGUGUUCGAGGGUAAAGGAGGUAGCUACGUGAAGGAGUACAUGGCCGCCACGGAGACAGAGGCGCGCCAAAACUUCCCUAACAUGAUCAAUAUGACAGCACCAGUACCGGUACCCGGCGCACACGACACAUUUGACAUCUCUGAAAACAUUGAGGCCACACAGACGAUAAUGGACGAUAUCCGGAAGUUGACGGAAUACCUGAAGAAUUUGACGUCGAACGCGUCUCCGAUUAACACAUCUUCCACCGCUGCUCAUACAGACGGACAUAACUCGCAUGACAACAACGUGGAUUCCGCGUCCACUGCAGAUCAUCCGUUGACCAGUGACGCCAACGCACCAUCCACAGCUAGGCCAAUAACAACGUCUAACAGUCAUACGGUAACGCACGGAACGUAUCCGACGGACUCUAAACGUAAGCUUACAACAACGCCUUCAUACACCAGAGGUAACACAGGAAAAACUACCUCGAGUAUACCCCCUGUGGCUAGCAGUGAUAGCAAACCUGCAAGUACUACCGCAAAACCAAUAGUGACGUCGAUGUCCGCUACAACUCUUGAUCCUGCUGUUGCGCAGGGACUUAACGAACUAAGUCAAUAUGUAAUGGGCAAUCUGUUCAACCGUAGUAUUGACAUGGACGAGGCAUGGCGGGCGGCAAACACCACCCUCCACCCACGGGAACUGCUCUCCCUCGCCGCGGGGGGACGAGUCAAGAGAAACGCCGACGGCUCAUCCACGACGGAAGGGCAAUGUGAGUCGCGGGGCACAAUGGAGGACGGAAAAUACAUGCGUCUGUGUUCACUUUGUUCCGCUACCACAUAUCUGGGCGAAGACUUCUUCCCCAGAUACAUAAAUGAGGCGGUGUGCAAGAAUGGCGAGAGCAGUUGCUUCGAGGUUGGAGCAACAGCUCACGGUCAAUGUCAACAAACCAUGUUCUCGUUGAACAUGAUGAGGCGACAGAAGGAGACGUGUCAGAUGAUUUUGCAUAAUGGUGAGGUAUUCAUCUUCGACGACUGGCAGCUCACACCGACCAAGAUCCGGGUUGCCUGUGAAUGCACAAUAAACAAACUCUCCCUCUUCAGUGGCUACGUUAACCCUCAUCCUGUGGUGGGCUGACCCGCGUAAACUUUGCCAAUUUAACUAUCGAGUGGAAUAUCGUUAGCCACGUGAUGACCACUAUUGGUCGGCUGAACUACUUUCCGAGUGUUUUAAAUGCUAACAAUAUGCUUUGGUCGGAGCGUACUAUUUACUGUUGAAUGACUUAAAUGGAUAUUGCCCAAUGCAUCGCAUCAAAUAAGUGUGGAGGGGAAUACAUGUAUGUGGAUGUAUUUCAUUGUAAUCAUGACAGACAAAAAGUGACUAAGGAUGUAACCAUUCAGUAGGUCGUAAUCAUCGCAGUGUCCAAGUACAUACAUAUUAAACGAUGAAAUGAUUCGAAAACACCAGCUUUCAUCAACUUCACGAUGCCUGCUCGUAAAUUAAGUUGUGUGUUCUACGACAAGUUAAGUUAAUUUGCUUCUGUUUAGUAAAAUGUGUUAUUCAAACAAAUACUUACUGGUCAACAUUAUAUUUUGUCCAAUAAUAAGGCAGUUAUUCAAAUCAUCAGGCCGCUGUUAUUGAUGUUAAUCAGUUGUAGCGGUAAAUGUAAACAGCGUCUUUCUCAGUUAGUGGGCAGUUUACACACUAUAAUGUAGACCACUUAAAGAUUGUCAGUGUAUACUUACUCAGAAUAAACGCUUAUGCGACUUUAAGCAUCAAACCAUUUACUUUAAGUACAUACAAACAAUCUUUAACCAUUACUUAAAUAAGACUCGGAAGAAGACGUUUUGUUUUCAUUUUUGUGCAAAAAGCAAACACGUUAUGAUUAUCGUUAUAUAAAUCAAAGUUCCGAAAAUGUACAUAGACAUAAUUCAUGUAUUCAGAUUAUAUGCGUAACACUGACUAUAUAUCAUAUUAUCCUAGAAUUUGACUGUUAUAUGGCAUUUUGAACAAAUUGUA